CCGUGCCCGCGGAGGCAGAGCGGCGCGGGCGUGCGUGCGAGCGGCCAGCCGGCUGCAUGGCGCGCUGCGAGCGGCUGCGCGGCGCGGCCCUGCGCGACGUGCUGGGCCAGGCGCAGGGGGUCCUGUUCGACUGCGACGGGGUGCUGUGGAACGGCGAGUGCGCCGUGCCGGGCGCCCCCGAGCUGGUGGAGCGGCUGGCGCGGGCCGGCAAGGCCGCCCUGUUCGUGAGCAACAACAGCCGGCGCGCGCGGCCCGAGCUGGCCCAGCGCUUCGCGCGCCUCGGCUUCGGGGGGCUGCGGGCCGAGCAGCUCUUCAGCUCCGCGCUGUGCGCCGCGCGCCUGCUGCGCCAGCGCCUGCCCGGGCCGCCGGGAGCCUCGGGCGCCGUGUUCGUGCUGGGCGGCGAGGGGCUGCGCGCCGAGCUGCGCGCCGCGGGGCUGCGCCUGGCCGGGGACCCUGGCGACGACCUGGGCGCGGGCGACCAGGCGGCCGCGCGUGUGCGCGCCGUGCUGGUGGGCUACGACGAGCACUUUUCCUUCGCCAAGCUGAGCCAGGCGUGCGCGCACCUGCGCGACCCCGACUGCCUGCUCGUGGCCACGGAUCGCGACCCUUGGCACCCGCUGAGCGACGGCAGCCGGACCCCCGGUGCCGGGAGCCUGGCCGCCGCCGUGGAGACGGCCUCGGGCCGCCAGGCCGUGGUGGUGGGCAAGCCGAGCCCCUACAUGUUCGAGUGCAUCACAGAGCACUUCCGCGUGGACCCCGCCCGCACGCUCAUGGUGGGCGACCGCCUGGAGACCGACAUCCUCUUCGGCCACCGCUGCGGCAUGACCACCGUGCUCACGCUCACGGGCGUCUCGCGCCUGGAGGAGGCCCAGGCCUACCUGGCGGCCGGCCAGCACGACCUCGUGCCCCACUACUACGUGGAGAGCAUUGCGGACUUGAUGGAGGGGUUGGAGGACUGAGCCCGCCCCGCCCGCGGCCGCGGCCCCACCCCUCCCCCGCCCCGGUCCUUAGACGGAGCCGUGGGGCCCGAGUCGUGUGAAGCGUUGAACGCCGUCCACUCUCUGGCCCGUUUUUGACCCUGGUGGGGCUGGGCCCCGGGGGAGGUCUGAGGCCUCGUGCCCGCCCCCCAGCAGUGGCUGGGCGCUCUGCUCUCCCAGGAGCUGCCCGCCCCGGUGGGUCCAGGCAGGUGGCCUUAUUUCCUGCCCUGGCACCUUCCCUCCUGGAACUCAGGGCCCUGAGGCCAGCUGAAGAGCCCCCCUACCCUGAGCACCUGGCCCCCACCCCACCUGGGACAUGGGGCGUCCUGCCUGCCCCUCACCCUGGCCCUGGCCCUGGCCCUGGCUUCCGGCCGUCAGAGCAGACAUCUGGGUAGCCACAGCCCGUUACUGUGGCCCGUGGACCAAUCCAAGGCCAAGUGACUCCUUGAUGCUGGCUCCUGAACUGACCAGUCAGGGGCCUGGGGACACCACCCUCUCCUGUCCUGGAACCAAUCAGAAAGCCGGGUGACAGUCACCCACGCUUGCAUGUCCUAGGCCCUGGGUGCCCCUAUCAAGGCACUGCUGGCCUGAGAUCCAGGAUAGGACAGUCCGGAAGUCCGAGAGACCAUGGCCUCUUGAUAGUCCAGGUCUGGACCAGCCAGGGGUCCGGAUCUGGGGCCGGCGGGCAGACCGCCUCUCCCACAGGCCGUGACCCCGCGCUGUGGCGCUGCUGCGGCUGGGAGCCCCGACCUCCCCUGGCUGCGGUACCGUCCAGUGUUCAUGGUGGCCGCAGCUCCGAAGGGGGCCAUUGUGUGUCCCCGACGUGGUCAGUGUUGGCUGUGCCACCUCUCCCCUGUGCCCACGCCCAGCUAUUUAUUUAUUCUUGUGUGCCCGUGACGGUGGGGGUGGGGAUGGGCCGUGUCCGCCGCCCCGCCUCAGCUGUAGCCGGUCCUCCGUACUUAAUAAAGUGCGAGUGGGCGUGUC